AUCGACUGCCUCGCUCUCGAUUCUCUUGUCAGUGUGUCAGUCAUAUCUGUGACAUUGUUCUAGUGCAGUGUCUUUGUCAAGCUUUUAAUUUUUAGAAAACAGCGUUUCAAGGUUUAAUCAUGUCCGCUUCUCCUACCGAGAAACCUGUUUCAAUUGCUCGCGAAUAUGCAAAUGUAAAUCAGGAUAUGCCUAGAGAAUACUGGGAUUACGAUGCACUUGAAAUCUUAUGGGGCGGUCAAGACAAUUACGAAAUCAUUCGCAAGAUUGGCCGUGGUAAAUACUCGGAAGUCUUUGAAGGCAUCAAUGUGGCCAACGAUGAAAAGUGUGUCAUCAAAGUGCUCAAGCCAAUUAAAAAGAAAAAAAUUAAGCGUGAAAUCAAGAUUCUGCAGAAUCUAUCUGGUGGUACAAAUAUCAUUCAAUUGUUGGAUAUCGUGCGCGAUCCACAGUCAAAAACACCUGCUCUUAUAUUUGAGCAUGUCAACAGCAAUGAUUUUAAAGUCCUUUACCCAAAACUCACCGACUAUGACGUUCGUUACUAUAUCUUUGAACUCCUCAAGGCAUUGGACUUUUGUCACUCUCGUGGUAUUAUGCACCGCGAUGUCAAACCUCACAAUGUAAUGAUUGACCAUGAGCAGCGAAAACUUCGCUUGAUCGACUGGGGUCUUGCAGAAUUUUAUCAUGCAGGUACUGAAUAUAAUGUGCGUGUAGCAUCGCGCUACUUUAAAGGACCAGAACUUCUUGUAGAUUUUCAAGAAUACGAUUACUCGCUAGACAUGUGGAGUCUAGGCUGUAUGUUUGCCAGCAUGAUCUUUCGCAAAGAGCCCUUUUUUCAUGGUAGUGACAACUAUGACCAACUUGUGGCCAUUUCAAAAGUGCUUGGAACUGAUGAACUUUAUGCUUAUCUGGACAAAUACGAUAUUGAGCUGAGCGAGCACUUUGAUGGUAUUCUUGGAAGACAUCCAAGAAAAGAAUGGGAGAGUUUUGUGAUUCCAGAAAACCAACGAUACAUUUCACCCGAGGCACUUGAUUUGCUUGAUCAGCUUUUGAAAUACGAUCACCAAGAACGAUUGACACCACGUGAAGCAAUGCGACAUGCGUAUUUUGCGCCUGUAGUGGAACGGAAGAGAAAUGAGGAUGAAUCCAAGCAAUAGUAAUAUUGUUUGGGAGUCGAUUUAAGAAUUAAUUGUUUGUUUUUGUUUUAGUGUAGUUGAGUCGUGUUGCUGCAGUUUGGGUUGAAAAGUCACGUGUAUGACAGAAUGAACAAGUCACGUGUAUGAGGAUAAAAUUUAAAUUUGCUUGCAAAAUCCACUCGCAGCAUUUUAGCGAAAUGCAAUGCCAUUACGUGGUGUUGGGAGUGGAAAGAACUGCAACUGCCGAUGAAUUGAAAAAAGCAUACAGAAGCAAGG